UAGGGACCGGCGGUCGGAAGAUUACGCGAUGUGACGGAAAGGCAAGACCCCUGUUCCCCUCAGAUAAGAAACCACCCGAGGGGCGAUGUAACCCCCCUAGCACCACUAACUUCCCAUUCCACCCCUGGUAACUUUCCACUCCUUGCUGACCAUAGAUAGCAGAGGCAGAUACCCCCGUGACGUAGGGACCCCUUAGACUAUAAAACCCCACGAGAAGAGUUCAUCAACACCUUUGGACCAUCCACCACCUCGGUGUUUGCGUGCUCCUUGGCCCGAGAGACCCUGCAGAGUGGGUCACCUUGCUUUACAUCAGAAGGCAACACUUUGGUCACCGCUGUCACCUCGCUGCCACCUCGCUGCCACCAUGGUGUUCGUGUCCCCACCCGGUCACCUGGCCAGCUACAACCCGCCCCUGCCCUACGUGGCCCCGGUGCCCGGGGGGCUCUGGCCGAGCAUGGCCGUGAGCGUGCAGGGCGUAGUGAAAGCGCAAGCGGAGCGGUUCCGCGUUGACCUGGCCCUGAGCACCCUGGAGGAGGCGGACAUCGCCCUGCACAUCAAUCCCCGAUUUGGGGCUGGGGUCACGGUGUUCAACAGCCGCCGCGGGGGGAGAUGGGAGGAGGAGCUGAGUCGGGACCUGGCCCCCCUUCAACGGGGCAAAGUCUUCGAGAUGAUCAUCGUUGUCACCCCCGAGGGCUACCGGAUCCUGGUGAACGGAAGCUUCUACCAGAUGUUCCCUCACCGGAUGCCCCCGGAGAACGUGAAGGCUCUGACCGUGGCCGGGGACCUGGAGCUGCUCUCGGCCUCGGUGAUGGGCAGAGGGGGCGCAUCUUCUUCGGUCGGCCUGCGCAAGGCCAAGAGCUCCGAGUCUGACCUGCUGGAGAUGACGCAGCCCCCCAUCCUCCACCCGUCCGUCCCCUUCAUUGCCACCAUCCCGGGGGGGGUGAUCCCCAAAAAAACCAUCAUCGUCAAGGGCUUCGUCCCCCGCAACGCCAAGAGGUUUCAGAUCAACCUGCGUGUGGGCCCUACUGGGGACAUCGUGCUGCACGUGAACCCCAGGAUGGAAGAGGGCAACGCCGUGGUGCGGAAUUCCCUACAGGGCGACUCGUGGGGCCGCGAGGAGAGGGACCUGCGCUGCAGCAGCCCCUUCCUGCCCGAACACUUCUUCGAUCUUUCAAUCUGCUGUGAGAACGAUCGCUUCAAUGUGUUCGCCAAUGGGCAGCUGCUCUUCGAUUUCCACUACCGGGUGCCAGUCGGGCCCCACGUGGACGUGCUGGAGAUCAAGGGCGAUGUGGUCCUGUCCUAUGUCCAUUUCUGACCCACAAGUGUCCUGGCACUGCCCAAUAAGUGCCCUGGAACAGCUCUGUUACAGCCCCACAGCUGCCUGCAAUUGCCCCAGAACUGCCCUGUAAUUGCCCCAUAACUGCCCCCCUCAGUUGCCCCCCAAUUAUCCUCUCCCGACACUGACCUCAAUAAAGCUUUUAAUGCUGCA